UGUUCUCUUCCAUCCAGCGGCUGCGGCGCCCGCCCUGACCCAGACCCUCCGCCCCUAGACUGGACUGGCAGCGCAGCCCCCCAGCCUCGCACUGGUGUCGGAUGCGAGAGCCUGUGCUUAAGUGAAGCUUAAAUAUUAAAAAGUGACCUUUCCGCUGCAGUCUACAAGGUAAGAAAUCAGGCUUCAUUGGAGACAUUCAAGCAAAGGUUGGACAACUAAUUUUCCAGAACAAAAAGGAAACUCAUGCAUCAGAAAAGGUGACUAAUAAACAUAUCAAAAGAAUAUGGCUGCACAAAUACCAGAAUCUGAUCAGAUAAAACAGUUUAAAGAAUUUCUUGGAACCUACAAUAAACUUACAGAAACCUGCUUUUUGGACUGCGUUAAAGACUUCACAACAAGAGAAGUAAAACCUGAAGAGACCACCUGUUCAGAACAUUGCUUACAGAAAUAUUUAAAAAUGACACAAAGAAUAUCCAUGAGAUUUCAGGAAUAUCAUAUUCAGCAGAAUGAAGCCCUGGCAGCCAAAGCAGGACUCCUUGGCCAACCACGAUAGAGGAGUCCUGAUGGCUGGACUUUAGAUGAAACACUGCCAGCAGCUGUUGUGAUGGAAAUGAGGAUUCAUCUGAUGGAAUCCCCUGAAAGCAGUAGCCACCAUGUUAAACUGUCAUGACUGUCUGGCAAGUGGGAAACAACUAGAGAAACAAAAUUGCUAUUUACCAUGAAUAAUCAAAAUAGAAGGUCUUAUUGUUCAAUCAAAAUAAUAAGAUGCAACAUUUGUUGAGGCCUUAAGAUUCAACAGCUUGGUAACUUCAUUAGAUAAAUAAACCAUUGUUUCUUCAAUUGUGACUGUUAAUUUUAAAAGCAAAAUAAUGUGUUCAAUCAUGUAUGAGAUAGAAAAAAUUUUUUAUUACUAAAAGUAAAAUAAAUGGAAAUAUCACUGA